AUGGAUAGAAGCCAUGGUCGCCGACUAUCGCCACUGCCAUCCCGAACACGUAGAUCUAUCGUGGAUUCCUUCGGCGCGCUGCUCACCAUCGUUUUCGCCUGCCUGCUGAUAAGGCCUACCUCCGCAGUUCUGAUCCCUUUCGACAACUGCCUGCCCGACAGCUACCGAAACUUCAACCCCUUGCCGCUACAAUGGAGUCCCGUAUACGUAGACGCUCGCUUCGAUACCGAAAACCCAGAUCACCUUCUUCAAAUCAUCGUAUGGGGCAAUGUGUCUGGCUCUCUUUACAAGGUGGAUUUGCCUGCUAAAGGCGAUCCGCUCUGGAACGAUUCUACCCACACGGAUGGCAAAAUUCUCGACUACACGAGGGAAGGGAACAAAGUCACAACUCUUGCCAGCAAGGUCAAUUUCUUGACCUAUGAGCCCUUUAGCAACGUUUCUAGUUUCUGCAACUAUAGUCUGGUCAAUGGAUCCUGCCCUCUCUCCCCCGUCUUUAAUGACACGGCUAUUACUUACCCGUACGGAAACUUGCCCUCCGUCAACAUCACGGCAAAGAUGGAUUCGUCAUACGCCUUUACAUCCCUAGCCGCGACAUUGCAGGUCAUAUACGGUGACGACUCUGCCAAACAUAUCGCGUGUGCCUCCGCCACUGUAACUCCGGAUCUUGGAAGUCUACGCGAUCUUCUGCGUUACCUGCCGCUUGUUGUUCUGCUCUUCGUAGGAUUUGCGACCAUGUUCGCCUCUGUAUUCAGCCCGUGGGGCUCGACAGAUAUAUUCCACUGGACGACAAAUUACGGACGAGAUGCUGAUCUAUUGCGCCUGGUGACCCCGGGUUUCGGAGACUGCCUUCAGUACAUCCAAUUUGUGGCUCUCACCGGAGGACUGACUCUCAACUAUCCCGGAUUUUACCAACCAGUUGUCAGUCAGGUGGGUUGGUCCGCGCUGAUGUUCAACGAGAGCUUCGUGAGCAAGUCCCCAGGCUGGCAAUCGAUUCAAGACGGCAUUUACGUGACCAAUGGCACCUAUGGACUGCACCAGUAUGCCCAAAUGGUGGGCAUGACCGAUGUCGAAGAUAUUUGGGCGGGAACGAUGGUUUGGGUCUGCGUCAUCGUUGCGGCCCUUUUCGUUCUCAUCCAAAUCGGCUUUUUCUUCCGCUGGGUGCUCCGAUUUAUCAGCGAUACCCCUGAAGAGGACCUCCGUGCUAAGAACAUCCCGUUCUCUGUGGGUAAUGUCGUGCGUGUCGUCUUCAACUACCUGCUGCUGCCCAUUGUGGCACUGUCGACUUUUCAACUAGUGGUUGCCAGUCAGUCGCGCGAGUUUGCUGUUGCUCUAGCUGUCAUCACCCUUCUCAUGUUGGUAUGCUUUGCCGCAUGGCUCCUUUAUCUGAUCUUCAGGACCCGGCCCCGAGCCGUCUUAUUCGAUGACUUGCCGACGGUGUUACUUUAUGGACCCCUUUACAACACCUACUCGGAUGAGGCAGCAGCAUUUGCGCUUAUUCCCGUCACGCUGACUUUCAUCCGCGGCAUUGCAAUCGGCGCCGUGCAGCCUGUUGGCAUCGCACAAAUCGUUCUACUUGCCAUUUGUGAAGUCGUCCACCUCUUGACCCUUCACGCUUUCAGACCUUUCCAGUCUCCGACAUCGAUGAACGCCUACCACACGCUCUUUUCUGCCUUGCGGUUCACCACCGUGAUGCUCAUGGUGGCGUUCGUACCCCAAAUGGGUGUUACGGAAGGUCCUAAAGGAUGGAUCGGCUACACCAUCCUCCUUAUUCACGCCUGUGUACUGGUUCUUGGAUUCUUCCUGAACGCACUACAAACAAUAAUAGAGGUAACUGCGCGGUUAAUGGGUGCUGGAGGAGACGAUACACGGGGUCUGCAGCGGGGCGGUUUAUCAAAGAUAUUUGGCAUGCGACAACUGCAACGUCGUACGUCUCGGAGGGAGAAUGGUCCUUCAAGAGCCAGCCAACUGUCAACGACGGGCAUGCUCGAUGCCGAUGAAAACUCAAAGACUGGAUACGUAAUGCGGGGUGGCAGACUGAGAAGCGAGUCGGCGGGAAGUGGUUUUCUACUACGAAGCCAGCAACGGAGUUCUUCCGCACUAGACAGCAUCGACCCCUAUACCGGCCAAGUUCGCAACUUCGACAGUGGCAGCAACUUUACGCCGACAACACCAGGUGAAGUGAGUACAUUCUCUUUCCUGCCGUCGCCUGCUGCUGCCACACGACCUCCCGCUGCCGUCACCGUCGAAUCUGCCGAUCCUUACUAUCGACCUCCGCGACGUCGUGGCGACACUCUCAAUGGAUCAUCCACAUCCCUUCCUCACAGGGCCUCCGUCGCCGACUCUCGACGUUACAGCCAGGGGGGAGUACAUCUUGGCGACGCUACAGCAGACUUGGAGGCACAACUGUCAAGGGGCCCAACGCCCGCCCCUCAAGCCAUCAACUUGACCCCGAGAGCGGACUACUCCACGAGAGAGGUGGACUUCUACUAUGGCGUUCGAGGACCCGCUCUCAACUCGGAGGGCAUCGGCCGUAAGCUGAGAACUGGCCCUGCCGACCCGACCAAACCAAUGGCUACCGCUGCCGGAUGGUUCCGCAACAUGUUUGGGGGCAAAACAAAGGAGAAGGGCAAAGGAUUCGAGGUUGUGCGAAGCUCGCGUAUGCCACCGGCUAUGCGUGCAGCCGCCGACGCAGAGUACGACGCCGAGCCCCCACCAGAAGGAAUUCCUGUGGCCAUGGGUGUUUUGCGAAACGGGCCCAUUGAAUCGGAUGACGAUGAACCGAAGAAUAAAGCGCCACGGAAACACACCGAAAAUGCAGAUAACUCGGAAAAUCUGCUCAACGAUGAUGGGGUCUCGGUUAUCUCGGUCGAAUCGGAGAUCGAAGAGAUUGAAAUACAGAAAGUGAAUCGCGAGUUCGGGCAGCUUCAAGCUGCCCAGUCGGGUCCCUUCCAAGGCAAGCAGAUCAGCCUCACAGAAACACAGGCGCCAAUCCACAGGGUCGGACAUACCCGAAAUACCGCGGAAGAGCUCAAAGAGAGAUUCCGGCAUGGGCCGGGGGCAUUCCCCAGCUCCAUCGUUCAAUCUUAUACCGCCGACGUCGCCCGCCGGGCCAUCGAAUGGCGGGCCCUCAGCAAGCACAACAGCACAGGGUAG